GGGCCUUCCUACUGUCACAGGGAAGAAUUUCUUCCCAAUCUAGAAUACCCAAUCUAACCGUGCCCUCUUGUCAGUGUGCGGCCAUUCCCCUUGUUCUGUUGCUCUGGUCCAAAAUCCCUCUCCAGCUCUGAUACAAUUCAGGUGUCACCUGGAUGAAUCUGCUUGGAAAAGAGCAGAGCCAUGGCAAAAGUGUCAUGGGAACUUCACUUGGGAGCUGCAGGUAAGCUCAGGCUCCCGACCCCAGUCUCUGCAUCCUUUCACAAUGGGGUGUCACUACUCAUAGAAUCAUAUCAUGGAAUCACAGAAUGGGCUCUGUUGGAAGAGGCCUUACACAUGUCAUAGUUCCAAUGGUCCUGCCAUGGGUUUCCAACCCCCACCAGAUCAGCCCAAAAGACAAUUAAUCAGGAAGGGUGGGUACUGCCCAGCUUCAGUUACAGUGCUGGGUUGGUCUCACCCCACCUCUCCACGGGUGUUCCACUUUCCACUAUCUAUUGAUUCUGUAGCAAAUGACUAAUAGGUGAUGACAGACCUGAAUGCAUUGUGGAGCAAAUACAAAUGGACAAAAUCAGCCUGAUAAAUAGCAGCGAGUUUAUUUGUUAUUUAUAGUAGAUUAAAUGUACUAAAACUAGUUGUACCACACCCCUGUUCCCCUGGCAGGCAGAGAAAAGCAUGUUCCUUCAUGUUUCUGUCAGCAGCACUGUCAUUGUACAAUCACCUCGGUUGACUGAGAGCACAUUUGAGCCUCCAGGAGCUGGGGAUGGAAAAGGUGUGACUACAUCUUGGAAAACUGGCUGUGAGUCUUCCCGGUGUGGUGAUGUGAAAACAAUCCAUGGUAAAAUGCAGCAGCCUGGGGGGUCGUGGGAGAAGAGCUAACGUGCCCCUGAGCUUGGUGUUUGUGAGGCUGCACCUUGAAUCCUGUGCUCAGUUUUGGGCCGCUCACAGCAAGAAAGACAUUGAGAUGCUGGAGUGUGUCCAGGAAAGAGCAAUGGAGCUGGGGAAGGUCUGAAGCACAAGUUUAAUGAGGAGCUGAUGACGAGGAGCCGAUGGGGAGCUGGGAGGGCUCAGGCUGCAGAAAAGGAGACUCCGGACUGUUAUCACUCUCUACAACUCCUUGACAAUGAGGAUGGAGCCAGCUGAGGUCGGGCUCUGUUCCCAAGUAACAAGUUACAGGAUGAGAGGAAACAGCCUCAGGUUGUGUCAAGGGAGGUUUCAAUUAGAUAUUAGGAAAAAUUUCUUCACAGAAAGGACUUUCAAGCACUGGUACACAGGCUGCCCAGGAAAGUGGUGGAGUCACCAUCCCAGAAGUGUUUCAAAAAUGCAUGGUUGUGGCACCUGGGCAUGUGGUUUAGUGGUGGAACUGGCAUUGUUAGUCUAAUUGUUGAAAUCAAUGAUAUUAGAGGCCUUUUCCAACAUAAAUGAUUCCAUAAUUCUGAGGACUUUAAUGCUCAGCUGAAGAUUUAGGCCAUGCAAGAACAUUUCAGAGCAAAGGAAGCAUCUGAAUCCCCUCUUAGGAGCUGGACCAAGAUCCUUUCCAGAGGCCUGGGGACAGCAGCAACCCUUGUGAUGAGGCUGGGCUGCAAGGCAGUGAGACUGGUUUCUUUCCCUUCAUGCCAGGCUGGACUUAGACUCCUGGUGAAGCAGUGCUUGUUUAAAGUCUAAUAAUCAAUAAUGCAGUGUGUGGCCCCAGAGCAAAGUCAACAUGAUAAAGUUACAGCUCCAAAACAGUGGAAGGCUACACGAAUGAGGUGACACAGCACAAAUAGGAGAUUAAAAAUAUUAAUUAUUUGUUUUCUGAUGCUAUCUGCUUCUAAGUCACUGUGGAGGUUUCAAACUGGCUGUGGGUGAUAGCCUCAUUGUUCACCUAGAGGAAGAAAACCAUGGAAGUCUAUUUGAAGGAUUUGAGCUCUGGUGUGUCUGUUGGCAAGUAUAAUUGAGAUCUGUGGUCAUUGAAAAGGAAAUACUGAAAUUAUCUGUGAAGCUUGAAUGCCAGUCCAGCCAUGUGGGAGAUCCUCAGUGAGAGAUCAGCCUGAGACAGAAGCUGAAAGGUCCAAAGCUUUGUACUGCUGGUUAGUGGUAGGAAUUCACAAGGGCAAAGAAGUUUCUCAACCCAAUAUGGAAAAUUCAAAAAGUAGACAGAGAUCCAAUUAACCAAGGAAACAGAGUGGGAAAAGAAGUUAAUUGCAUGGAGCUUAAGAGAGAGGCUCAGACUUGGCAGAGAGAAGAUAUAGGAUCGGCUCAGCGCAUAGAAGCUGCCAGUGUGCACCUUCCCAAAUGGGUUUGCACCCUGUGCAGGUGAUCCCAGGUCAGAGCAGGAAAGGACCUGCUUAUCUCACAGUGUCUGCCAGCUGAGCCCCAGAAACCAUGCUGGAGUGGGCAGGAGGAAAUCAGCUGCUGCUGGAGCAUGGAGACACACUUGGCAUUGCCACUGGGAGGAAACUGUUCUGAUUAAUGCUGCUGCCAACAUAGCCUGGGGCAGAAGGUGACAUGUGGGCACUGCUGUCUCCAUUGCUGCCCAGCAGCCUGUGCAAUGGCUCUGGGACUCAAUGUAGGAGGACAGGGGUUUGCAAGAGGUUUCUGGGGUUGGGUCUUCACUUACAGUGGGGCAGGAACACAUGAUGUACACACGCACCUGAUCCAGCCUUGCAAACCUGUCAUGCAUCACUUGAGGUACCCAACAGCACUGGGCUCCACUGGCAGUAUCACAGAACAGUCAGUGCCUCAUGGCAACAGGUGAGGUGGAGAAUAGGCUUUAAACAGGGAAUUUCCUUUGCAGGUAAAUGUCCCAGGUGCCUGAAUCCUCUUUGGCUCUGAACAAAGGGCCAGCUCAGCUUAGGACUGCAUCCCAAGGGAUGGGGCUCAUGACCUGCAGCAUGGUGCUGUGCCAGCCAUGCAGGUUCCCCUCCUUUCUGCCAGGAGACCACACUGGGUUUGCUCUCCCACUCCACAGGUCUUUUGCUCCACAAUGAGGGAGAGGUUAUUGUCUUGGAAGAGGCAGGCACGAGGCAGAGAAUGUUUGCUCAGGGACACCUGAGGCACAGCCUGGUACAAUGUGCAAAGACCAUCAAGCCCACAGGGUGCUCGUGAACGUGUCAAACCCACCUGAGCCAUGGAACUUUCCACAUCAACCCACAUGUUGCUCCCUCCCUCUUCACCCACAACAGCCCGACCUGUCUUAUGGCUCCAGGUUACCCAAAGAAUGCAUAUUUGCCUGGAAAAGCCAAGUGAUUUUUGGUGUUAGGUAACUAGGAUUGGUCCCCAGCCAGAACAUAUGUCCUGGAGCUCAAAGAGCUAGAGGAGUUGCUCCUCCCAGAGAGAAGCCAGCAUCAGUGCAAGCUGUGACCUGCUAUAAGGAAAUAUUAGAGAGCUGGGUAAACAGUGCCAGCUGGAGUGAAGAGACAAGCAGCAUGGCAGAGCUUUGUGUCUCCUCUGUUCUGGUGACUGGGGCCAACCGGGGACUCGGCCUGGGGCUCAUCCAGCAUUUCCUGAGGUUGCCAAAACCACCUCAGUGGAUCUUUGCGACCUGUCGGGACCCCAAGGGACAGCGAGCACGGGAGCUGCAGAAUUUGGCCUCCAAACAUCCCAACCUGGUCAUCAUCGGUCUUGAAGUUGCCAAUCCUGCUAGCAUCAAGGCAGCUGCAGCCAAGGUUGAGGAGUACCUGGGGGGCUCUGGACUGAACCUCCUCAUCAACAAUGCUGGAAUGCUCAAGGCUAAGACACUUGAGGAUGAAACAUUGGAGGACAUGAGGGAGGUUUACACCACCAACACGGUUGGACCCCUGCUGAUGGGCCAGGCGUUUCUGCCCUUGCUGAAGAAGGCUGCCCAGGGGAGCCCAGGCUCAGGGCUGAGCUGCAGCAAGGCUGCCAUCAUCAACAUGUCCAGCAUUGGCGGCUCCAUCGCUUCUUCCUAUGGUUGGGAGAUGAUGCCAAACCCCUCGUACCGCUGCAGCAAGGCUGCUCUGAACAUGCUGAGCAGGUGCCAGUCCCUGGCGUACAAGGAGCACGGCAUCCUCUGCGUGGCUCUCCACCCCGGCUGGGUGCAAACGGACAUGGGCAGCUAUGCCGGACACACGCCCCCUGUGACAGUGGAUGACAGUGUGCAAGGGAUGCUGAAGGUCCUCUCCUCCCUCUCUGAGAAGGACACCGGUGCCUUCCUGGACUGGGAAGGGAACGUCGUACCCUGGUGAGACACCACUUCAGGAUCCUGGCAGCCAAGAGCCACCUUUGGCACUGCUCCCACCUCCCCCACAUCCUCAAUAAACUCCUGCUGAGACCCCC